GGCAAUGCCAUCGCCCUGGCCUGGCGCUGGCGGUGACGCGCUGCCGGCCUGAGAAUAUCCCGCCGUCUGCCCCCAGACGAAACGAUUCCCUUCCGUCGCACUCUCCGCCCGCGCCGGACGCCUCCAACGCGCACCGCGGCGGCACGACAAAGAUACACCGCAAGCACCAAGGGCGGGCAGGAGAGGAGAGGAGAACCACGACCGGAGACGCCUGUACGAUUCGCCGAAGCUCCGAGCUCGUGCCGGCGCCGAAAUCCGCCGCCACAGUUGGUUGGUUCCCAUGGCGGGCGACGGCGAGGGGCCUCCCGCGGGGGUGGCCGGGAAGGUGACCUGCGCGGCGUGGAUACGCAGGCCGCGCGCCGGGCCGUCCGUGUCCGGCAGCCGCAGUCUCCUCGUGGUGUACGGCCGCGGCGCCACUCCCUCGUCCCCGCCAUUCCUCGACCUCCUCGCCUUCGACACCGCGGCGUGCGCACUCGACUCCGAAUCCGAGCCCCUGCUCAGGGUCGUGAUGGGCGAGGAAGGAGCCGAUGCGGACACACCGAGCGCCAUCGCCGUGCACCCCGCCGGCGACGAGUUCGUCUGCGCCACCGCCAAAGGCUGCAGGCUGUUCAAGCUGCUCUAUGAUGACUUCUGUAUCAACUUUGUGUCGAGAGAUUCUCCGCCGCUCCAAUCAGUUGGGCCUCAGCGAUGUUUGGCAUUCAGUACUGAUGGUACUAAGUUUGCUAUUGGUGGUGAGGAUGGACAUCUAAGAAUAUUUCACUGGCCAAAUCUCAGUGUGCUUUUGGAUGAACCUAAAGCUCAUAAAUCCUUCCGGGACAUGGACAUCAGCUUGGAUUCAGCGUAUUUAGUAUCAACUUCGACUGAUGGUUCUGCAAGAAUAUGGAAGAUUGAUGAGGGAGCUCCACUCGUAAAUUUGACUAGAUCUUCGGAUGAGAAGAUUGAGUGUUGCCGCUUUUCAAGGGAUGGAAAGAAACCUUUCCUGUUUUGCACACUUGUAAAAGGAAAUGAUACCGUUACUAUGGUUUUGAACAUAAGUAACUGGAAGAGAAUUGGAUACAAAAGACUCCUGCGAAAGCCCAUCUCCACACUUUCGGUUAGCUUGGAUGGGAUGUAUCUCGCACUAGGAAGCUGCGAUGGUGACUGUUGUGUUGCCGAUGUAAAGAGCAUGCAAGUUUCUCACAUGAUCAAGAAGGUUCACCUUGGCUCCCCAGUUUCCUCCAUUGAAUUCUGCCCUACUGAAAGGAUUGUGAUCUCCAUGUCGAACCAAUGGGGAGCAGAGAUAACGAAGCUCGACGUCCCUGCCGACUGGAGAGUUUGGCAAAUCUGGCUGGUAUUCUUGAGCCUCUUCGUGGUGUCAGCAAUCCUGUUCUACACGUUCUUCAAGCACACAAACCUGGUGUAACCCCCUAGGGUGCGCAUUCCAGAGCAAAGGUCCUCGGGUGUCUGAAUUCUGAUGAUCAGAGUUCACGGUAACAUCGUCGGCAUGCCUAACAUUGAUAAUUUUCAGUGUCCGCUGUUUUUUGACGCAAUGCCUUCCCCGUGAGCCCUUUGCAUCCUAUGAUCAAAUAGUUUUGUGUUUGAAAUAGCCAUUGUUCUAGUCCUCGGAAACACAUUGUUGUACACCGUGUAAUGAAUUCUCAUCGCUGUGCUUUAUACAGUUUAUUUAGCAUGUGUC